AUGGCGGCGCAUCUACCUGCUUUCAAUUUCAACCCUUUGACCCCCGUCACGCCCCCGCCCGAGCAUCUCUCAUUCCGAAAGCCCGCACUUUCUCUAUCAGCUCAACUAAAACGCAAGGCCGCCAACAUCACCAACGACCAUGUCCCGGCCACGAUGAAGAAGGAAGAAUCACCAAGAACCACUCCGCCCAUGGGUGCCCCGCCCAAGCCGACUUCGAUUUCCAACACGAGUGCCGCAGACCCGACGAGCCAGCCGCCCAUGAAUCCCCAAUACGCGGCCAUGGUCUCACGCAUCGCUACCUACUAUCAACAAAGGUGUCAAGCCAUCUCUAACGCGCAGCAGCAGAGAUGUCAGGCCUGGGCGAACAUGCACAAGCAAAAGUGUCAAGAGAUGAUGCAGGCGGCCAUGUUAGUGGUGGCGUGGUAUGUCCGCGACCGGGUCCAGCGGAGACGCCGAAAGCAAAAACGGCAAUUUCGGACGGGGUUAAGAGCUCGGAGCACCCGGUCCCGCGUUGUCAAGGGCGAAGGGGUCCGGCGCUGGGUCAUGAACUUGCCUGCGGGUCUGUCAUCGCCGCCCGUCCAGGGGCCCGACGACCUCGCUGACCAGGACGAGGCCCACUUCUCCAUGGAUAGAGAGGUGCCGCCAGACAAGGACGCUAAGCUGUUUGAGAUGGCCGACAGCAUGAUCAGGAGCCAGUACCGUAAGGUCGAGGUGCCCAUCCUCGGCGUGCUCGGUUUUGAGGAGGACAGUGGGAGCGAGAGCGAGGCAGAUGUCUAUGACUAUCCCAUGAAGGACGAAUUCGAAGAGGACGAGGCUGAAGACUGCGAUGAUGACGAAGACGAUUUGGACCUAGAUGACGAAGAUGAAGAGGAGGAGGCCGGGUCCGAGGCUGUCCACCGUGGUACAGGAACGGGUACGGGAAGCCGGGGCAAGGACUCUGGCUUGUCAUCUUGA